AUGAGAAUCGCGGUAUUUAUUUUGUUUAUUGCUGCAGGCAUCGUGUCGGCUGGAAGACAUGAUUCAUACUCCAGGAAUUCAGUACACAACAUUAAGGUGCGGGACAAAUCAGACCAGGACUUUCUGUUUAAUCUACUCUUGGAAUUAGAUCUGGACGUUUGGAAUUAUGGAGAACCGUUACGACAGAAUGCAAGUGUCAUGGUCACACCUGAAAAUAGACAAAAAUUCUUAGAAGCUAUAGAUGGAAGGAACUUGGAACACAAUGUUCAGAUAGAUGACGUUGCCAAGUACCUCGAAGAGGUUGAUAAUCAACAUCUGCAACGGAAUGCACGAGAUGACGAGAAAAAGAUCUUUGAAAAGUACCCACGUCAUGCAGAGGUAGAUGAAUAUUUGGAAUACAUUGCUAACCAGUAUCCCGCUAUAGCAACCAUAGUUAAUGCUGGUAACAGUUUUGAAGGUCGCCCCAUGAAAUACUUAAAGAUCUCAACAACAAAUUUCGCCGACAAUACCAAGCCCAUCUAUUUUAUGGAAGCAAUGUUACAUGCUCGCGAGUGGGCUACUACUCCAGUCGCCUUAUACUCGAUUCACAGACUGGUAGAAAACGUUACUGCCGAAGACCAGGACCUACUCAAUAAUAUUGACUGGAUUAUCUUGCCAAUAGCCAACCCUGAUGGAUAUGAGUAUACACAUACUGAUCAACGUCUCUGGCGUAAAACAAGAUCUAUCAACCCAACAUCCGAUUGCAUUGGCGUUGACGGGAAUAGAAAUUUCGAUGCCAACUUUAACACCGUUGGUGUAUCACAAAACCCUUGUUCGGACGUCUAUCCUGGAUGGGUGGCCUUUUCCGAGGUAGAGACCCGUAUAGUUAGGGACAUCAUGCUUGAAUAUCUCGACCGGAUGGAGAUAUUUAUGGACAUACACAGUUUUGGAAGCUAUAUAUUAUUUCCCAAUGGUGAUGGAACUUUGCCACCAACAGCACCUCAACUCCAUCAAGUCGGUUGUGCAAUGGGAGCUGCUAUUGAUACUGUUAAAUUGCCGCAAGCUAUUUACUACCGUGUGGCAAAUGCUGGUCAGCUGCUGUACCCAACAUCUGGUGAUUCUACGGAUUACGGUCAGAUAAUCGGCAUCCCGUUCCCGUACACGUUGGAGCUGCCCAACUUCGGUGGCGGUUUUAUUGUCCCCGAGGAGUUAAUCGAACAAACCAACAUGGAGUCAUGGCUUGGCAUUGCUGCCACCGCGAGACUCGCCCGCAUAUAUUAUCGAGCCAAACUCAAUCUGAACAAUUAA